AUGGGCGCCGGCGCGGCGGAUGCCGCGUUGCCGCCGGAAGGAGGGGGUGAGUUGUCGGGCCAGGGCUUUGAGGACGAGCGCUCCGGAGGCCGGCCGGCGCCGGUGGGCGGCAAGGGCGCGAUCGAAGCGGGGGGCCCGGGAGGCGCGAGCGCCGGGGGAGGGGCGCCGAUGAGCGCCGAGGCGGGGACACAGUCCGCCCCACCAGAUCCGAGCUUGUUGGACAAUUCGAGCAAUCGAGGCAAGUCGAUGGACGGCAAAGAUUCGGCCGGGCAACGGCAGGCCGGGGCCGAAGUGCCGAUGAUGGCGGUGGCGGCGGUGCGCCCCGAGCUGCCCGUGGGGUCCAAGAACACCCAGGGGAGGCGGGCGACGAUGGAGGACGCCUGCGCCGUCGUGGACAACCUGCUGGAGGCGCCGCUGUGCUUCCGGCCCUCCGACCGCGUCGUGCCGCCGGCGGUGGCGCGAAUGCUGGCGCCCCUCUGGGCCCAACCGCCCACCGCGACCGGGGAAGUAAAGGCAUCAUCCGAUCUCGACGGGGAUUCCGAAAAGGGACCCGAUGACGGUGCCGAGAGGUGCAUACGGCGCGACACGUGGUUCCACUUCGUGGGCGUGUACGACGGGCACGGCGGGCAGGCCGUGGCGAGCGACGCAGCGGAGCACCUCCACGUCUUCUUCAAAAAGGCCUUCCAGGAUGCUGUGCUGGCCUCCGCCGACGACGGCAAGCCAUGCGACCCACCCCGCCUGUCCUCGCCCACACCCAGGACGCGCCUUUCGUGCGAUCCCCUGCCCGACGAGGAGCGCCUGAACGCCGUCAUCGCUCCAAACAUCGAUCACGGGUGGCUGACCGACGAGGGGGGUUGGGAGCCCGCGGUGCGCGUGUCCUCGGGAUCGCUGGCGUGGUCCAAGGGGUCCAGCGAGUCCAUGGGGUGCCACCCGGGACUGGGGCUGGAGGGGGUGGCCGGCGCGGUGAAGGCGGCGUUCGGGAUGAUGGACCAGCGGCUGGAGGCGGCGCAGUGCGCGGAGGCCGUGGGGUCCACGGCGGUGGUGGCGCUGGUUAGCAGGUGGCACGUUUGUGUGGCCAACUGCGGCGACUCGAGGGCGGUGCUGUCGAGAAACGGGGCGGCCUACAGGAUGACACGGGAUCACAAGCCGGACCUCGAGGACGAACAGGAGCGAAUUAUUAGUUGUGGAGGGACGGUCCUCAACUACAACGGCAAGAGGGUGAUGGGGCUGCUGGCCAUGUCUCGUGCGCUUGGCGACCAUGGUUUAAGGGAUGCAGGUGUCAUUUCGGAACCAGAGGUCACGAUCAUCGCCCGAGACAAGGAGGACGAGUUCCUGGUGCUGGCCACGGAUGGCCUGUGGGACACGAUGUCGGACAAGGAGGUCUGCGACUUGGCGCGGAGGUGCUUCCAGCGGGCCAAGGAGAGGGGCGCAGAGCCGGAGAUGGCCUCCAGAGUGGCGGCGGGCGUGCUCAUGAAGACCGCGCUGGACAGGGGUUCCAAGGACAACAUCACCGUCACAGUGGUGGAUUUGCGGCCCAGCAGCCAGCCGUAG